AUGUCGUUCACAUCAGAGGUACAAGUCUACACCACCAUCCAAGGCCUCGAGCUACAUCGUCUCUCGACGUACCAGCUGCACGCUCUCUGCGCCUCUCCCGACUGCUCCUGGAGCGCAUUCUCCGCAGGACAUCACCAGCCCCCUCCCAAGGCUGACACACAGACGUAUGACCUCACACUCAGGGAGCACUGUCGUCGGUGGGGCAUCAGUAGGAGUCCAGAUGACCUCUGCUUUUAUCAUCUUGCUCAUGGCUCUAUCCCCAAGUGCAUCAUUACUUGCCAGGCAGAGUGGACGACAUUGUGGACCCUACUGUCGAAGAAGAGACUCGGCUACGAAGCAGACAUCGAGGCUCACUUCUUUGAGAUCGCUCUGCGUCCGGUAUUGUCUGACGUAUAUUACCUCGAUGCCCGCAUCCCACGUGACACACAUACGAGUAUUCUUGCGGAUCUACAAGUGGCACAUCAGCCAUCACAUCAGCCAUCACAUCAGCCUCUUAUACAGUCGACUGCAGGUUGCGAAGACGAUGCGGCUAUUGCGGUGGGACAGAAGGAAGAAGAAGGGGCUCAAAGACCGCAUCCUAACCUUCACCCCGUUGAGACGGCCAUCGUUGCCAUCAUCACUAGAGCUGUCUUUUCCCUCACACCGACUGUGACGGAAGCCCUGAUCCCCCUCUUCAAGCAGGCGGCUGAAGCAAAGACUCCCGCCGCACCCACAACCAUGAACGUUCCUCUGACUAAGAGUCAACCAGAAUCUCCCAGGGAUUCAUCGGUGACUGCCCACGGUGGCUGUAGGUUAGAGAGGCCGUCAUGUGAGACACGAUCUACAGCGGCUUGGUCUGUCAACGAGCCCAGUCCCGAGUGCAGCGAUGCUGCCGCCCCAGGAGCGGCUCUCGCCUCUAGACUUCUCGCCGGCAGGGAGACCGACAAUGCCCGUCUUGGCGCUGGAGGAACCGCUGCUUCGCUCGUGGCGAGCCUCCUCGACCACCUGAGGAGCGAAGUCCGCCUUCCUGGCUCUUUCCGUAGCCCUUAUCCGAGGGAGAAUGAAACCAACGAAGAUGCUCCGCCUGCCGAGUCUCUCCGCGACACGUCAGGCCAACUAGCGAGCCAGCCGACCUCCUUGCAAGAACAUACCAGCGACGUUCUCCGCACAUCUUCUGCAACGACUAUCACCACUCCCUUCGAGUGCGAGGAUGGUGCCAGAGGAGAGCAGCUGUCGCGAUCCACGUCUCGCACUAGCUACGACGGGCCCAGCACAUGCGAAAAGGAAGGGGCUCUUUGCAAGUGCUACACUCCCGAGACUGAGGAGAUUGCAACGUCUUUGUCACCCUUGCGAGCAACGCCAGCGGGAAGCGAGGACGUUACGUCGACACUGAUCGAAGCCUUUACGGAGAUGCUCCAAAAGAGCCGCGAGGCUGGCUCCCGCGCGUGA